UUUAGAAAGAGAAAGUAUACUUCUUUUUCUCAGUUCGAUAGAAAGUAAUAGCAUUUUUUUUUAGUCAAAAAGAUUGUGCAAAUGAUAGAAGUCUUCAUAAAUAGAGAAUGAAAUCAACUUGAGUUAGGGAUUGGGAAGAAAUAAAGAUUGUUAUUAUUAUUGGAUUCUCCAAGAAAUUGUCAACGCUCUCUCCAUAUCCCUACUUAACCCCCCCUAUCUCCCAUCCCUUCCUUUCAUUCCACAAACAAAAAUUCAAACUCUUCUCCCUCCUCUUUCCUCUGCCACCUCAUCAUGCACACCUUCUCCACCGUCACCGGCACCAUCACCGCCGACGCCUCUCUCUGCCACCUCCACUCCCCCGACCACGCUGUGUCACCACCACUUUUUCCAUCGUUCCCUAAUUUCUUUUCUUCUCAUACCUCUUCCUCCUCCUUACUCCCGACGUAUAGCCAGCUAAGCGAGCUGGAUCUAGUGCUCGAGUCGUCGGGGUUUUUACCCUCGGAGGUCAGUUAUAGUGGUAGUAGUGGACCUUGUAGUAGCUACGGGUCUCCGACAUCACAGCCUGCCCUAAUACACCGAAGCAUGAGUAGCCACUCGCUCCAAAAGAAUAGGGUAAGCCAUGGACCAGGUGCUCGGAGUUCGUCGUUGUUCGAUGCCGAUGGGCCGGCCGUGAGAAGGGUUUACAGCUCCGGUGAUUUGCAGGGAAGAACAGAAAGGGGAUGCUCAAGUGAAAGCAGUUUGAUAAUAGAAAGAAUGACCAAAGCUUGUCGGUAUAGUCCCGAAGAGAAGAGAGAGAGAAUUGAGAGAUAUAAAACCAAGAGAAACCAGAGAAAUUUUAAUAAGAAGAUUAAGUAUGAAUGUAGGAAAACAUUGGCAGAUAGUAGAAGGCGAAUAAGAGGAAGAUUUGCAAGAAAUGAAGAAACUGAAAAUAGUAAUUCCACCAGCUCACCGGUAGAGACUUGGAGCUACUAUGACAAUGCCAUGGUAGAGGAAGACACUCAAGACGAUGGCUCAUGGAUCACCUUCCUUGGUUCUUACUCGGUUAAUUAGGUCGAUCGAUGUUCGCUUUUCCAUCUUACAAUUGUCAAAUUACAAAAGGAAAAUCGAACUAUCGACUUUUGAAAUGGUAUAAAUAUCGUUCUUCUUUUAUGUCAUUGAUUUUUGUAAAUUGAAGUCCACUAAUGAAUGAACCAUUGUAACACGUAUGUGUAUUAUUAUGCAUAUUUAUGUAUAUGUAAUAUCAAUUGCUUUGAUUGUCUAAAAGAUAAUUGUUUUGAAUGGUAAAGCAGUUAGAAAUAUUUUUAAA